AGGCUUCCUGUCUGGGGAGGAAGUGAAGGCUGUGAUCAUGUUAAGUCCUGCGUGAGGCGUGUCAUGGCUGGCUGGUUCUCACCCUCUCCAAUCACACAGAGCUCUAAGUGAACCGGCUCUGCUCUGAGGAGAUUGGUGUCGACAGCCGGUUACUCAGUCAGUCCAACCCUCAGUUGCUGAGGGUUUGAAGACACGCAGGGCCACCGUACUAGAUUGUAUUUCUGAUGGCUGGGCUCUGCUUGUAAGAAAAUGCUCCACACACACACUAUAGAGCCCACUCAGAGAAAGAGAGAGAGAGAGAGGACAAAAAAGGAAAAAGAGAAAGAUAGAUUACAACGAAGGACUGUUAGAAAAGGGUUGGCAGGUAAAAGAGCGGAGUGGAGUGAGAAGGUAAGAUGGUAAACAAGGUAUUCCAUCAACGUGUGUGUGUGUGUGUGUGUGUGUGUGUGUGUGUGUGUGUGUGUGUGUGUGUGUGUGUGUGUGUGUGUGUGUGUGUGUGUGUGUGUGUGUGUGUGUGUGUGUGAAAGUGUGUGUGACCAGGAGAAUAGAUGGGGGAUGUCAGUGGGUGAUUUAGAAAGCACUUUAACUAUCUCCUCCUUCAGCCUCUCCCCCUGCUCCUCCUGCUCCUUGUAUGUCAUACUGUCAUAGCCCGGUGGCCCAUCCCAGGUCCAGACCACGAUACCAGUCCGGCUCUGUUCUGAUUGGCUCUCUCGUCAUUCUGGUCGAGAGGUCUGCUGAUUUCAGGCGCUAGCCUUACCUUUUGGUCGUGCUCAUUAGCAGAGUUAGCAGAUGGUUGGUCCUAACGUGAGGUGUCUGAGCUGGCCGCAGGCACCUCCCUGUCUCACCCUCAUCGGCGGCGCCGUCCCCGUUGCCGCGGUGAUAACCCUGACUCCAUCAGGAUUCUCUCUUUCCAGCCUCCAAGGGCGAUCCGUCCUCGUCAUUUGAGACACUUUCUGGAACCUCAGGAGCAGGUUCCUCUGUGGACACUGAAUGAUGUGUGUGGUGCAUUUUCAAACAUGCGCAUGUUGUGAAUGACAUGUUGAAACUGAGCGGGACGCAAACACCAGCCAUCAGAAAGAGAAUCCACUGUCAGGGUCCUGUGUGUCCUCCAACCCUCAGAAACAUGUGACCAGUAACCCGCUGUCCUCACACUACCCUCUGCAGAACAGCGCCGGUGUACUUAGAGCUCUGUGAUCGCCGUCGGAGAGGGCGACAACCAGCCAGUCUCACGCAGGACUUAACAUGAUCCCAGCCUUCACUUCCUCCCCAGACAGGAAGUCUGCAGAGACUGAUAGAAGAGAGAGAAAGAGAGAGAGCGAAGGCAGAGAGGACAAGAAAAUAACAACAGAGAGGCACUUGACUAGGUUCGGCCGACUCCUACACAAGCCGUCCAUCUGACUCGGAUGUGUCCCUGGAGGAGGACAAGGAGGCGCAGCGCAGAGAGGCUGAGAGACAGGCCCAGACCCAGCUGGACAAGGCAAAGACCAAACCAGUGGCGUUCGCUGUCCGUACUAAUGUCCACUACAGCUCAAGUCAAGACGAUGACGUCCCGGUGCCCGGCAUGGCCGUUUCCUUCGAGGCUAAAGACUUCCUGCAUGUCAAAGAGAAGUUCAACAACGACUGGUGGAUCGGGCGGCUGGUGAAGGAGGGCUGUGAGAUUGGCUUCAUCCCCAGCCCUGUCAAGAUAGAGAGCUCCCGCCUCCUCCAGGAGCACAGGGCCAAGCAGGGCAAGUUCCACUCCAGUAAAUUGGGAGCGAUUUCCUCAACUAGUUUAGGGGAAGUGAUUCCUAACUCGCGUAAAUCCACGCCACCCUCCUCUGCGUUUGACCUGGAUGCUACUGGUCUAGAGGGCGAGGAGGCUCCAAGCUCCCCUAAAGCCAGCCCCAGCACCCUGUCCUCUACGCUAGGUAGAGAGAAGAGAAUACCCUUCUUUAAGAAGUCGGAACACGUUCCUCCCUAUGAUGUGGUGCCGUCCAUGCGGCCCGUGGUUCUGGUCGGUCCGUCUCUGAAGGGCUACGAGGUGACGGACAUGAUGCAGAAGGCGCUGUUUGACUUCCUGAAACACAGAUUUGAGGGAAGGAUCACCAUCACCAGGGUGACGGCAGACAUCUCUCUGGCCAAGCGCUCGGUGCUGAACAACCCCAGCAAGCACGCCAUCAUCGAGCGCUCCAACACGCGCUCCAACCUCGCGGAGGUCCAGAGCGAGAUCGAGAGGAUCUUCGAGCUGGCCCGGACGCUGCAGCUGGUGGUACUGGACGCCGACACCAUCAACCACCCCUCCCAGCUGGGGAAGACCUCCCUGGCCCCCAUCCUCAUCUACGUCAAGAUCAACUCCGUGAAGGUCCUCACCAGGCUGAUAAAGUCCAGGGGGAAGUCCCAGGCAAAGCACCUCAACGUCCAAAUGGUCGCGUCCGACAAGCUAUCGCAGUGCACUCCUGAGAUGUUCGACAUCAUCCUGGACGAGAACCAGCUGGAGGACGCCUGCGAGCACAUGGCCGACUACCUGGAGGCCUACUGGAAGAGCACCCACCCCCCCAGCUCCAGCCCGCCCCAGGACCCCCCGCCCGAACCGGAGGAGGAGCCCCUGCCCAUCAGCCCCCCCCCUCCCGCCGCAGGCUUCCAGAGCGGAGGGAGCGAGCAGAGAGCAGACCGGGGAGGAGGAGGAGGAGGAGGAGGAGGAGGAGGAGGAGGAGUGGAAAGGAAGGCCUCAGAUCAUCAUCAUCAUCAUCAUCACCAGCAGCAGCGGCAGGAGAGCCAGGAGCAGGCCGACGGAGAGGAGGAUGAGGAGGAGGAGGAGGAGGAGGAGGAGGAGGAGGAGGAGGAGGAGGAGGAGCAGAAUGAGGAGGAGCGCCCCCUGAGGACAGACUCCUCCAGGAGGCCUCAGCACGUCCACCACCGCUCCUCCACCGGCCGCGCCGACCAGCCCCACCACCACCACCACCACCAUCACCACGGCAACAGCAGCCGGGCGCGCGGCCUCUCCCGCCAGGAGACGCUUGACUCAGAGACCCCCGAGAGCCGGGACUCCGCCCACACGGAGCCACGGGUGCAGCCCCACCCCCAGCCACACCCCCGACAGCCCCGCCAUCAGCAGGAACAGGAACAGGAGGAGGAGGAGGAGGAAGAGGAGGAGGAGGAGGAGUGUGAGGACGGCGGUGGAGGUGGCGGACGGUACAGGGACCACCACCACCACCACCACCGCCGGGGGGGCGGGGUGGAGCGUGAGCAGGACCACAACGAGAGGAACAAGCAGCGCUCACACCCCCAGCCCCGUCCGCGGGACCCCCACCACCACCACUACUGUGAGGGGGGCGGGGCCUCCCGGAAGAGAGGCGAGGCAGGGGAUUGGUCUAGAGACCCUUACAUCCACCAGUGACCCAACCAACAAACACACACACACACACACACACACACACAGAAACGCACAAACACACACAAAGAUUCUACACACACAAACAACAGACACAACCCACAUAAACAUACAACACACACAACCUACAUAAACACAUACACACCUACAACUUAAACAACAUACAGAACCCCCAUGCACACACACAUACAACAUGGACAAUUACACACACGUACAACAUACAGAAACUUACACACACAUUCAAAAUACACACACAUACAAAAACAUACAAGAUUAAGAUACACAAACAUACAUAUCCAUUCAACAUGCACAAACAUACACACAGGCAUCUAUAUAUAUAUAACAUUUUAAAACAUAAACAAACAACAAGUAUAUACACACUCAGACAUAAAUACAAACAUAAAAACACAUGCACUUACAUAAACACACACGGAUUGAGUGUGACCGGGCGUCCAUUUUGUUUCCACUGUGCUGCUACUUCCUGUCUCCCCCCUGACCCCACCGAAUGCUUCCUUUGUAAAGACUGUUGCCAGGCAACGGGGAUAUUUUAUUCAAUAGACACAAUAUACUAAUAUAAAUGUGUGUAUCUAUGCAUAGACAUUGUGGUUUAUGUGUGGAUAUGCAUGGAUAUUUUGAAAUAUGCAUAUUUUAAACCUGUGUUUGAUAAAGCAUGAACAGAGCUAAA